GGUGCGCGCGCCCUGGGUGUCCAGCCCUCUCUCCUCGCGCUGUGGACGCGGCCCCUUCAGCUCUUCUGCGUGUCCGUGUCACAUUCAGUCACAGCGUCACCCACGCCACAGAGACCCCGGGAGUGGCUCCGAACCUCGAGAGAAGACACGAGCAGAAAAGUAUCCCGUGGGAAAAGGGGGACAUUUAAAGGCGCUAGGUUCACUUUAGGCAAGCUAACGUGACUCCACCCGGCAUCUCACCGCCCCGCCGGACGGAAGACAUCCGCGUACCGCUGCCCCGGGAGUCGAGUGGGACGUUUGCUUUUCCCUCCCCAGCAACAUGGCAUCCAAUGACUCGCGGCUCCAGCAGCCGCCGUCCCAGAAGGACGCGGCCGACCAGAACUUUGACUACAUGUUCAAGCUGCUGAUCAUCGGCAACAGCAGCGUGGGGAAAACGUCCUUCCUGUUCCGCUACGCCGACGACUCCUUCACCUCCGCCUUCGUCAGCACCGUGGGCAUCGACUUCAAGGUCAAGACCGUCUUCCGCAACGACAAGAGGAUCAAGUUACAGAUCUGGGACACCGCAGGGCAAGAGCGCUACCGCACCAUCACCACCGCCUACUACCGAGGAGCCAUGGGCUUCCUGCUCAUGUACGACAUCACCAACCUGGACUCCUUCACCGCAGUCCAGGACUGGGCGACGCAGAUCAAGACGUACUCCUGGGACAACGCUCAGGUGAUCCUGGUUGGGAACAAGUGUGACCUGGAGGACGACCGGCUGGUGCCCCUGGAGGACGGCCAGAGGCUGUCUGAGGAUUUAGGUUUCCAGUUCUUCGAGGCCAGCGCCAAGGACAACGUCAACGUGAAGCAGGUGUUUGAGUGCCUGGUGGACGUCAUCUGCCAGAAGAUGAACGAGAGCAUGGAGGGGGACAUGGGCCUCGAGGCCAACCACAGGAACCAGGCCCUUAAAGACUCGCCGUCAGAGAGCCACGGGGGCUGCGCGUGCUAAACCAGCCGGCUUCUUAGCCACACACACACACACACACACACAAUCAUACCUGGAGAAUUUUUCCUCUCGGUGCCUCGAGCACCUUCUUCAUCGGUCUGUCACCUUAAAGGUGCCCCUCUUUCUGUCUCUGUUUUCCAACCACGGGCUCUGGGGGGAGCUGAUGGUCCACCAAAGCCUGUGCAGCCCUGCCGCCUCAGUAACGCCUCGCGUUGCACAACGCUCCCUUCACACACAUGCACACACACACGCGAUGACACACUCGUAGUCGCCACUCGGUCGGCGUGUCGUGCCUCGGCCCCCUCGCUCACCUUUUUGUGCCACUCCGUCUUUAACGGCGUCUGUCGUAAAACUUGCAUUCACCACCACGAUUAAACUUGUUCACUGACAUUAUUUUUAACUGUUUGGUAGAAAUGCACCUGUGUGUGUGUGUGUGUACCCUGAUGUCUGUGAAGGAUAUACCCUUCAACUGUGGUGCUCCCACUAUUGGGAAAAACAUGGAGCUGAUAGUUAAAGGCCAUUUUUAGAGCAUUUAUUAGCAGUUAAAAACUAUUUGCAAAGACCUAUUUGAGCAGUGAAUUAAGUCCUUCUUUGUGCGUGGUGAUCCGAGCUGACGUAGCUUCCGCCCUCCGGCUCCCAGGGGAACCCUGUUGGCCCUGUUGCAAUUGUUUGUGCUGUUAGCUCAUCAUAGAUGAAGGCGCUGAGCCUUUGUCACUCAACCUGUGACCACUGCCACUUGAAGUGAACUCACACACACACACACACACACACACAAACACACACACCUAGACACCAGAAAACUGUUUCCUGAUGAAGUAUUUUGAUUGCACCACAAAAUGGUUAUUUGUCCUUUCCGGUGUGAUUGUCCGUGUGCCGAUUACUGACUUGUCAUUUGAUAUUUUAACCAUAACCUCUGGCCAACAAAAGCUAUUGUUUGAAUAUCCCAUAGCUGAUAUAAUCGUCUCCUUCGCACCCCUUUGAGGCUUUACUACGAGGAAUCUGUGUGCAACAAUCAUGACACUAUGUUUGUAUUUCAGCACUCCGGCCUUUGCAGGUUUGCGAUGUAUUCAAACUGAAUGGAGGGGCAUCACAGAGCUCAUGAUAUCCGAAAUAGUUUGCAAAAGGAGCUCACAAGGUCAACUGCUACUUGAAAAUGUUAAAUGUGCUAAACUGUCCAGUGAUAUUUAAUAUUUAACCACUUUUCUGCCAUAUGGAGAAACUCCUGACUGACGCUUUUAUAUAAAUCCAGUCAGUAGCUGUUAGUCUGGGGCUUUGUUCUUUCUCUCUUGUGUGUGUGAUCUAUUUGUUGUCAUGUUUCGCAUUCCUGAUUGGUCGCUUUCUAAAAGAGGGGCGAUCACAUGGUCAUUUUUUUUUACUUUGUGAAUGUGUAAGAUGGAAGCAUUGUGGGGCCCAAAAUGCAGCCUCCAAACGAGAAUAAAUUGAGAUUCUACGAAACGUGUAUAUGAAAAUAAAGAAUAUAUUCAUUACAAAUGGAA